CCUGCCACAACAGGCAUAGUAAGUAGGUUGGGUGGAUUGGGUGCAGAUGCAAAUGCUAGGGUUCGACUCGUAACUGGGGAAAAAGAGAGCCGUCUCGGGCGGACUUGAGGCGAAGGUAUUAGUUUUUUUCAGAGUCGUGAGGCUCUCUUGACUUUCUGCCUUCUCAUCGUUUCUUGGGACGAAGGAUAUUCGUGAAUUGGGUACGGCGACGCGAUGGCUUCUAACGGCGAGACGACCCCCCUUCUGAGGGACCAGGAAUACGAUGCGACGAAGCCCAAGUCGAAGAGUUCGUUCAUCGCGCCGACGACUCUGAUCCUGCUCGCUGGGUUUAUCAUCUCCCUCUCCUUCAGCUACACUCAGACACCCCUGCUUUACACUUUCUAUGUCAUGUCAUGUGAGGAGUACUAUAAGCAUCACCCACCAUACGAAGGAACUGGCGACCGCUGUGCGCGCAAUGAGAUCACGGCCAGCGCUUCUCAGCAGGUUGCUAUCAUGGGCUGUGCCACGGUCCUCUGUGGGAUUACCAAUUUAUUCGUCGCUGGUUGGGAGAUGAGGAAGUACGGCCCCAAAAAGGCACUGGCGAUUCAGACUUUCUUCCCCGCAAUUCGCGUCGCUAUACAAGCUUCAGCAUUGUUCAUCGGCGCGCGCACUGGAAUCAUCAUUAUGCAGCUCAGUCAGCUAACGGGAGUUUGGGGAGGUCCUGCCGGCUACAUCCUGAUUCUGAACACGAUAGUUGCUGAGAUCACCGAACCCGCCGGGCGAACUGCCAUGUUCGGAAGACUCCAGGGUACCCUAAUGAUGGGCGUCUCUCUAGGGCUUAUCGUGGGUGGUGUCUUGGCUGAGAAAUUUGGCAUUGCAACACCUUUUGAAGUUGCCGCUGUAUCCUUCCUGGUGUGCACUACAUUCGUCCUAUCAUUUGUGCCCUAUAUCGACCCCAAAACUCUCUCCUCUGACGAGAAUAAAGAUAAGGCAAAGGGACCGCUGGGUUUCUUAGCUCCUUUGAAAGUCUUAGGGGCUCAGAAUAUGAGAUUGAGAGAUGGACGUGCUAAGAAACAUUUCGGAAUCUCCUUCCUAGCACUGGGAAUCUUCACCGGGGUGCUUGCGACGGGGUUUGCACCGACAUUGAUACAGAUGUACUCGAUGGUCGCGUUUGAUUUCACGUCGACGAACAACAGCUUACUCAUGUCGGUGAACUGCUUGGUGCGAGGGAUAUUCCUUAUGUUUGUGUUCCCUCAGAUCAUCUCGUUUGGGCGGCGGAUGUUUACGAAAUCAGAAGCACCGUUGCCUGAUGUGGCAGAGGAAUCGCCUCUACCAACCCACGCUCGCGAUAUUGAUCCCUUGCCGGCUGUUGUAGCAGACCAGGAGGAGCCAGCAAAGCCGCCGACGCCUGUUGCAGUAACACAGGGAGCUGAGUUUGACCUGUUUUUCUUGAGAGGGAGCCUUUUCAUAGAUGGAAUAAUCACAGCGUCCUCUACCUUAGCUACACAAGGCUGGCACAUGUACCUCGUUGGUUCCUUGCUUCCACUUGCGUCGGGAUCAGCACCUGCGGCGAAAGGUGUGCUCACAGAAAUGGUGCCGCCAAACCGCAAGGCCGAUGCGCUACAGGCAAUGACUCUGGUAGAAUACUCGGCGACGCUCACGACGAUGGGAUUGUUUGGAUUCGUGUUCUCGUCGUUCGCCGACAUAGGGAAGCCAUAUCUGACCUUUUACUGCAAUGCCGCUGUUGCGUUUGUCGGGGUCAUAAUAUUAUUCUUUUCAAGAUUUCCGCCAUCCGGUAGUGAGAUGAUUGCGGAUCGUAAAGAAUCAGAAACAGAACCUCUAUUGCCAGAGGAAGAUGAACAACCGGUGAACGGAAGCUGAAAAUUAUUGUCGCCCACGCGAUAUUACAGUGUCACAGACGUGUGAUACGGAAAUGAAUGACUGUCUGGGCCCAAGGAUCGUGAGGUGAAUACCUGACCAAGAAGGUCCGGGAGAGAUGAAUAUUCAGCGCUUGAACUGAUUGUCAGAUCAGGCCGUUCAGCAUGCGUACUCAGAUCCAAGAUAGAUAUAGAAUUGAGAUUGUCUUGUACACGUGCCCAAGUCAUCGGUCCCGUCAGCUAUGC